AACGAUCAGUUUUCCUCUUCAGUUUGUAUUGGAGUUUUAAUAAUGGAUAAGUUACAUGAGCUGUAUGUGGUUGGCAUGAAAAAGUUGUAGUUAUAGAAAUAUUAUUGCUGUUAUUUUAAUUGGUGAACAAGAAAAAAUCUGUUUGUUUCAUUGUAACAGAGUGAUAUCGAAAUAUAUAUUCAGAACAGAAGAGGCGUAUUUUAUUAAACGUUUGGAAGGAUCAAGAGCAUGUGAUACUUAAUUUUCUGCGGAAUAUCGUGAACUCUUUAUUAUAUUGGGAAUAAAUUUGAAUGUCGUGCUACAAGACUCAUUGGCUGCUGAUUUUCAGAAUGUGUUACCCUACAACUGACGCUGUUAUAUUACACAGUGUAAAAAUAUAGGUUAACUAUCAAAUGUACUUGGAUAAUUAUUUUGUUUAUAUCAGACGUGACUGUUUUCUGCUGAAAAGAAUUUAGUAGAACUAUUACUCCGUGUCCAAACAUUUUUAUCUCUUUCAGAACAGUGAAUUUGGACUUUAUGAUAAAAAUAUAUAAUUAUUAACUUCACAGCAGAUGUGUUUAAUUGAAUAAGCUAAAUUAAAAAUUUUUAAGUUUUAUAAAGAUUUGAUCAUGAUGAAAAAACGGAGAUUAAACUGUAAUGGUAAGAACGGGUACCAGGAUUUGCGGUUGACAAUACCGGAAUAUCCGGAAUGCGAGAUGCUAGAUUCAUCUUCAUGUACUGAGGAUCUGAGUGCAAUAGCCAUGCCGUUGAUGGAGUCAGAUCACAGCCCGUCAUCUCCCGUGUCUCCCGGUCAUCACGGGUCAGUGGACAAUGUGGACGGAGACUUCAGACCAAGAUCAGGAUCCACGGGAAUCAGGGGACUUUUUUCAAAAGACAAAGCCAGAAAAAAAUCUGGGGAAGAAAAUAUGAAAGGAACUUCCCCGUCAACUUCAUCAAAAGUUAAAAACUUUUUUGACUCAAUAAGACCUCGCUCAAAAUCAGAUUUAUCAGGUAUUAAGAAACCAAAUAAGAAAGCUAUACAAGCUGCUAGAAUGGACGCAUCCAUGGACGAAUCACAGUUGAGUGCCUUAAGAAAUAACGAUCAUAUUGUAACAUUACCCCCAGGGAGUCAGGAUGACUCGUUAAUGGGGAAAAUUCUCGGUGAUCAACUGAAAGUUCCGAGUUCAAGGCAGAGACACCAGUCCGGUCCACCGACUGGAGUUGACCAGUUUCACAACCGAUACCGACCUCGUGCAAACUCUGACUCGAAACACAUGCGUCAAAAGAAGGUCCUUGUACAUCAGUCAAGUUGUAGCCCUCCAUCAAGCCCUAGAAUAUUGUCUCCCCUGCGGUCAUCCUCGCUAUCCAAUGAGCCGAAGUCUGCCCCACCAUUACCGAGCAGAUUGUCUCCCUUCCAGAAUGACCACUCCCACGCUAUUAUCUACCGACCAGAGAGUCCAAAUACUGUUAAGUUUAACCUUGAUGGAGAAAUGGAGAGAAUGGAGAUUGAAGAUUUGGAUGAGAAUGCCGAUGUUGUGUUUGCGAAGUUUAUGAGAGCACACAAAUGUUAUGAUAUAAUUCCAACAAGUGCCAAGCUUGUUAUAUUUGAUACACAGUUGAAUGUAAAGAAGGCAUUUUUUGCCCUGGUAUAUAAUGGAGUGAGAGCUGCACCAUUGUGGAGUAGUGCUAAACAAGAUUAUGAAGGGAUGUUGACGAUUACAGAUUUUAUCUCGAUCUUACACAAAUAUUACACGUCCCCUAAUGAAAAACAGAAACGACAGGAUGUGAAAAUGGAUGAGCUGGAGGAACACAACAUAGAAAAAUGGAGAGAGGUAUUAAAGGACAAACAGCGACCAUUUGUGUGUAUAGACCCGGACGCGAGCCUGUUUGAGGCAAUACGUACCCUGAUCCACAACCAUGUACAUCGUCUCCCCGUCAUUGACAAGAUUACGGGCAAUGCUAUCUAUAUUCUCACACAUAAGAGAAUUCUUAGAUUCCUGUAUCUGUAUAUAAAUGACCUUCCGAAACCAACAUUCUGGAAUAAAAGUAUUGGCGAACUAGAAAUUGGAACAUAUGACAAUGUUAUAACAGCUAGACGUAACACUACAGUAUACGAGGCUCUCAAUCUGUUUGUGCAGCAUAGAAUAUCAGCACUACCAGUUGUAGAUGAUGACAGGAAAGUUGUAGAUAUCUAUGCCAAGUUUGAUGUUAUUAAUUUGGCAGCAGAGAAGACAUAUAAUAAUCUAGAUAUCACUAUACAGCAGGCAUUGCAGCAUAGAAUGGGGGCAAGUUGGUUUGAAGGCGUGGUGAAAUGUUAUGUGAAGGAUUCAUUGAGUGUUGUGAUAGAUAAAAUAGUGAAGGCAGAGGUACACAGGCUUGUGAUCGUGGAUGAAGAAGAUCAUGUUGUCGGCAUUAUUUCUCUAUCUGAUCUUCUUAACCACUUAAUACUUAAACCAAUGGGCAGUGGUUAUUUGAGCGAGGAAAAGUUCACCACUACAUUAAUGUAGAAUAAAUGAAUUAUGCUUGUUCAAACCAUGUUGAGAAGAAGAUUACUUUUUCAUGACAAGAUAAGAGAUCUUUGUCAGGUACUAUCUCUUCACCAAUCAAAACUCCUGUAACAACUGCUGAAGUCAAUCCAAAUGUAUGACUUGCUGUAAGACUUCUUCUGAUUGGUGGAUAGUUAAUCAUCCUACAAUCUGAUUGGCUGCCAAUAUCAUUAUGUUAAGAGUCAAAUUUAUUUAAUGGCAGACAAUAAAUGGAAUCUGGCCAAAUAAAGGGAGAUGUAGAUUAAAGCUCGAGUCUGAUUGGCUACUUGAACUGAAGGGAUCAUGUGACUGACCAACUGUUUCAUUCUCUCUCUCUCUCUCUCUCUCAGCAGAAGGACCAGGUCAUGUGACAUUUCAAGGAAUACAUCUGGCUGCAAGUCUUCAAUUAGCAUACUGCAAGAGCUGACUAGAUACCUAAAACGACAUGAGUUUUGUUAUGGUCAUACAAUUAUCUCUAAUAUACUAACAAUAAAGAAAUCAUGUAUUAUAAUGAUUUCAUUAAUGAUUGACUCAGUGUGAUAAUUAUUAUGGUAUCAUUUAGUGUUUAUAAUAGUAUAUUACUCAGAAAUUAAGUGUAUAUUACUUAUAUAUCAGUGUGUUUCUCUAUCUGGGAACUGACAGACUGAUGACAUGUUUAACUUAUCUGAAGAAAAGAUGUUAGUUCUGAUAGGCCAUGUAUAUCAUCGUUAGAAUUUUGUAAAAUGGUGUCAGAAAAAAAAAGUAGCAAAGUAAUUAUCUUUUUAAUCUUAUGCAUCUAGAUGUUGAUUGUUACAUCUAGAUACCUGUUAUUUCUAACAUCCAAAUGCCUGUUAUUUUUAUUAUUUAUAGACUGCUAAAUCCAGAUGCUUGUGCUUUGAUUAUCUACAAUCUGGUACAUCCAGAUGGCUUAU